AUGGCAGAAGGUCAGGCAAGAGCGCUGAUGAAAAGGAUGGAGAAGGAUAACGAGAUGAAGACUUCAUACGAAGCUGAGUUCAGAAAACUGAAAGAACUUAGAUUCAUCUCUAAAGCAGACACCAAUUUUAAGGGUAUCUACACGAUUCUACCCCAUCACCCAGUUGUCCGUAAAGACAAAAUCACCAGCAAAGUGAGACCUGUUUUCAAUGGUUCUGCGAAGCCGAAAACAGGAUUCAGCGUCAACGACUGUCUCGAAGAAGGACCCAAUCUGAUUCCUGACAUUCUUGAUGUUAUCCUGACGUUUAGGCUAAAUCCAAUUGCCUGGACAGCUGAUAUCCGACAAGCAUUUUUAAUGGUAAAAUUGCUAAACGAGGACGCGGAAGCGUUAAGGUUCCUUUUAGAAGACGAAAACGUCCCAGGAACGCUGCAGACCUACAAAUGGAAUAGACUACCAUUUGGGCUAACUUGUAGCCCGGUAGUGCUCAGGACCGUCCUAAAGAAACACCUCGAGUCAUACAAAGGCGAACUAGCAGUAAGCAGUCGCCAAAUGUUACGGCAUCUAUAUGUAGACGACUACUUGUCAAAUGCGCCUACAUUAGAAGCAGCAAAGACCGUAAUCGGUACGGUACUCAAACUUUUUUCAGAAGCAAAGAUGGAAUUGAGAAAAUGGGUAACUAACGACCCGCAGCUGCAAGAGUAUCUACAACAGAGCAAUUUGACAGACGACUCAUCCGAUUCGUACUCGUGUCUUAAUUUAGACCCACAAAAGGUACUAGGAGUGAGGUGGAAUACCAGCACAGAUUGCUUCUAUUUCAAGUCUGACGUAAUCGUAGAUGCAGCCGCAAAAGUAAAAGUGCUAACAAAAAGAUCGUUUGCUAAAAUCUCGACCAAGCUUUUCGACCCCCUUGGAUUCAUUGGACCCAUAACACUACAGUUCAAGCUACUCUUCCAGGAAUUGUGGCAAGAAAAAUCGGAUGGGAUGACAAUGUGA